GAGGGAGGAGUAGGGACCGGGCGGGGGGUGGAGGAAGAGGCCUCGCGCAGAGGAGGGAGCAAUUGAAUUUCAAACACAAACAACUGCACGAGCGCGCACCCACCGCGUCGGAGCUUUGCCCCCGAUUCGCGCCCGCCCCGUCCGUGCGGCGCGCGGGCGGAGACGCAGUGGCCGCGCGGGAGCUCGGGCCGGGGGCCACCAUCGAGGCGGGGGCCGCGCGAGGGCCGGAGCGGAGCGGCGCCGCCACCGCCGCACGCGCAAACUUGGGCUCGCGCUUCCCGGCCCGGCGCGGAGCCCGGGGUGCCCGGAGCCCCGCCAUGUCGCGAUCCAACCGGCAGAAGGAGUACAAAUGCGGGGACCUGGUGUUCGCCAAGAUGAAGGGCUACCCACACUGGCCGGCCCGGAUUGACGAGAUGCCUGAAGCUGCGGUGAAAUCAACAGCCAACAAAUAUCAAGUCUUUUUUUUCGGGACCCACGAGACGGCAUUCCUGGGCCCCAAAGACCUCUUCCCUUACGAGGAGUCCAAGGAGAAGUUUGGCAAGCCCAACAAGAGGAAAGGGUUCAGCGAAGGGCUAUGGGAGAUCGAGAACAACCCCACCGUCAAGGCUUCUGGCUACCAGUCCUCCCAGAAAAAGAGCUGCGUGGAAGAGCCCGAGCCGGAGCCCGAAGCCACAGAGGGGGACGGGGAUAAGAAGGGGAAUGCGGAGGGUAGCAGUGAUGAGGAAGGGAAGCUGGUCAUCGAUGAGCCAGCCAAGGAGAAGAACGAGAAGGGGGCGCUGAAGAGGAGAGCAGGGGACCUGCUAGAGGACUCCCCUAAACGUCCCAAGGAGGCAGAAGACCCUGAAGGGGAAGAGAAGGAGGCAGCCAGCUUGGAGAGUGAGAGGCCCCCCCCUGUGGAGGUGGAGAAGAAUAGCACCCCCUCUGAGCCUGGCUCUGGCCGGGGACCUCCUCAGGAGGAGGAGGAAGAGGAAGAAGAGGAAGAGGCUGCCAAGGAAGAUGCUGAGGCCCCAGGCGUCAGAGAUCAUGAGAGCCUGUAGCCACCAAUGUUUCAAGAGGAGCCCCCACCCCGUUCCUGCUGCUGUCUGGGUGCUACUGGGGAAACUGGCCAUGGCCUGAAAACUGGGAACCCCUUUCCCACCCCAACCCGCUCUCCUCUUCCACUCACUUUCCACACCUCAAGCCCAUCAUCCCAUGGAGGUUGACCUGGAUGGGGUAGGCCACCUGGCCCUCAUCUCUAGGUCCUUACACCCCUAUGAUCUGAGUCAGGGCCAUGUCUUUUGCUCCCUGGGAUGAGAUCAGGCCAUUGGGUUCCAGGCUUGGAGCUGUUUUCUAGGGCUUCUUUUGGGGCCUAGAUCAGCUGUUUCCACCUCCUGACACCCUUCUCCCCCUCCCCCAGGCAUCCUGGACCUCUGGGUUGGGAUCAGAGGUAGGGAUGGAAAGGAUGGAGCAUAAACAGCAGGAUGGGCUUCUGGGGCCUGGGAGGAGCAAUCCUCAAGUAGGGGGUUGACACAGGAGGGCAGCAUCUUCUUGAGCUCCUGUCCUCUCCCACACCUAUUAUCCCAGCUGCCUGGAUUCAGGGAAAGUGGGACAGCUUGUGGGGGAGGGACUCCCUUCCGCAAAUUCUCCAUGAUUUAGCAACACCCAUUCUUCCUUUUGCUGACCCCAGGAGUUCUGGGAGUUGUAGUUUAUCAUCAAAAGAUUUUGGGGCUUCCAAGUUUGGGCCAAGGGCCUGAGAUCUAAAGGGUUGGCUUUACCCAUUUGGGUGGGAGUAUUGAGCAGUAUCUGUGCCCCUUUGGAUUUCCGGAGCCAGAGAUAACAUGCCCUGGGGAGACCCCUGGCUGCCCUUUCCCUUUCCCCACAGUGCUCAAGGCCAGAUUAGUCAUAUAUAUCACCCAGACAUAAAGGAAAAGACACAUUUUUUAGGAAAUGUUUUUAAUAAAAGAAAAUUACAAAAAAAAAUUUUAAAGACCCCCUAACCCUUUGUGUGCUCCCCAUUCUCCUAUCUUCCCCACCAUUGCCCCCAUUUCUGAGGUGCACUGGGAGGCUCCCCUUCUAUUUGGGGCUUGAUGACUUACUUUCUUUUUGUAGCUGGGGCUUUGGUGUUUCUUCCAGUGUCAUUUCCCAUCCACAUACCCCCACCUGGUCCCCUCAGUGUUGUCACCAGAUCCGAUUUGUAACCUGCUGAGAGGACAGAGGGAAGUAAGUGCCCUCUCUCACCCUCUUCCUAGUGGUCUCUCUAUGCCUCUCUUUGUCUCUUGUCUCUUUUACCCUGGCCCCUCUCCCUCGGGCUCUGAUGAAAAAUUGCUGACUGUAGCUUUGGAAGUUUAGCUCUGAGAACCGUAGACGAUUUCAGUUCUAGGAAAAUAAAAACCGUUGAUUACUA